AUGAGUUGGGACGGUUUCAAAAAAGCUAUCAACAGAGGGACAAACUCCGUAUUUGUUAAAGCAACAGAUAAAGUCACUGAUAGAGACUAUGAAGUUGAAGAAAGAAGAUAUAGAAUCUUGGAAAAAGCUGGAAAGACUUUGCAAGUCGAAACAAAAGGUUACUUGGACUCUCUUAGAGCUGUCACUGCCUCUCAAGUAACAAUCGCUGAAGUCAUUUCCAACCUAUACAAUGAUACCAAAUCAACUGGCUCAAAUUACUCAAGCGCUGGCGACUACUACUUGCAAUGUGUAACUGAAUUCGAUCAAGAAACUGUUAAACAAUUAGAUGGCCCCUUUAGAGAAACGGUUUUAGACCCAGUCAACAAAUUCUCUCAAUAUUUCCUGGAAAUUAAUGAAGCAAUCAAAAAGAGAACUCACAAAAAAACUGAUUACGAACAAUGUAAAAGUAAAGUAAGGAGAUUGGUCGAUAAACCUGCAAAGGACUCCUCUAAAUUACCAAGAGCCGAAAAGGAAUUGGCAAUGGCAAAGGAUAUCUAUGAUGAACUAAACGACCAACUAAAGGACGAAUUGCCUCAACUAGUCAAACUAAGAGUUCCUUAUUUUGAUCCAAGUUUUGAAUCCCUUGUCAAAAUUCAAUUAAGAUUUUGUACGGAAGGCUACUCAAGAUUAGCUCAGGUACAACAAUAUUUGGAUCCCCAAUUAAGAGACGAUUACUCAAAUGGUAGAUUGGAUGAUAGAAUUACUGAAUUGCUACAAAAAAUGUCCUCUUUAACAAUCUGUUCAAUAGCUGCAAAGUAA